UGCAGCUGUGGGCGGUGCUUCGGUUGCCCUUUAUAGAGCGCGCGCCCGCUGGCCGCAUGUCGCAGUUCGCUCUCGAGAAGUCAGUCGGCUGCCAUCACUAGACGAGGAGCAAGGGAAACGCGGCACACCAAGAUGGCCGAAGCCAGCAGCAUGGAGGUUUCCUGCACACAACCAGAAAGCAGCGUGAAGCCCCCGGCGGAGGAUAUGACCUCCAAAGACUACUACUUCGAUUCGUACGCGCACUUCGGCAUCCAUGAGGAGAUGCUGAAGGACGAAGUUCGAACGUUGACUUAUCGCAACUCCAUGUUCCAUAACAGACAUCUCUUCAAAGAUAAAGUGGUCCUGGAUGUGGGGAGCGGCACAGGCAUCCUCUGCAUGUUUGCUGCUAAGGCAGGAGCCCGGAAAGUUAUUGGGAUUGAGUGCUCAAGUAUUUCUGACUACGCCAUAAAGAUUGUGAAGGCGAACAAGCUAGAUCAUGUGGUUACCAUUAUCAAGGGAAAAGUGGAGGAAGUGGACCUUCCCGUGGAAAAGGUUGACAUAAUCAUCAGCGAGUGGAUGGGCUACUGUCUGUUCUACGAGUCCAUGCUGAACACUGUCAUCUAUGCAAGAGACAAGUGGCUGACUCCCGAUGGACUUAUAUUUCCAGACCGCGCCACACUCUACGUCACCGCGAUUGAAGAUAGACAGUACAAAGACUACAAGAUCCACUGGUGGGAGAAUGUCUAUGGAUUCGAUAUGUCCUGCAUCAAAGACGUGGCCAUCAAGGAGCCACUUGUUGAUGUUGUAGACCCCAAACAGCUUGUUUCAAAUUCCUGCCUCAUCAAGGAAGUGGAUAUUUACACGGUUAAGGUCGAUGACCUGAGCUUUACCUCUCCCUUCUGCCUCCAAGUGAAGAGGAACGAUUACAUCCAUGCGUUGGUUGCCUAUUUCAACAUAGAGUUCACACGCUGCCACAAACGGACUGGCUUCUCGACGAGUCCUGAGUCUCCGUACACUCACUGGAAGCAAACUGUCUUCUACAUGGAAGAUUAUCUCACUGUCAAGACAGGUGAAGAGAUUUUUGGCACAAUAGGCAUGAAACCCAACGCCAAGAACAAUCGUGAUCUGGAUUUCACCGUGGACCUGGAUUUCAAGGGUCAGCUCUGCGAGCUGUCAUGUUCCACAGACUACCGAAUGCGCUGAAACCAAUGAAGCCGACCGACCCGAGAACUGAAACACGAUGCAUCAUGUAUACAUUUAGCUGUGUGGUUUUUACUUAUGGCAUACACCUUUUUAACCCCUACUACUAGACAAAUGGGACUUUUUUAAAAUCCCUCACCAGUGUUACAUCUCUAGCUUUUCUUCGGCUAAACGGACCCCAUUGGUCUGAAUGCCUGUGAAGGGGGUCUCUGUGAAUACAGAUUAAACCCAGUUUAGGGAAGCCGUUAUGUAUCUCAGACCCCCUGACCGACUCUACCGUUUAACUGCCCCAAGCCGCCUUAGAUCUUGCCGCAAAGCAUGUCCUGGUGCUGCAGCGCAUCCUUGUUUAAAAGCCAUGGCUGCUAUGUUUUAAGUGACAUACUGAGUGAUUUGUAUAUCGGUACCUGUUGCAUUGCAAGGGUUUGUCUUGUCUGACAAAAGCUGCAAGUGCUCCAGAACAUGCACUCCAUUUGGGGCGAUGCAAAGCCAUUCCCACCCCGUAUACUGUUCUGCUCGUCUAGGUCAGGCUGCACGUCUCCUUUGGUCCCAUCAGCUGUAAAUAGCCCAGAAUAAAACCUCUGCAAUCAAGUGAUUUGCUUAAAAUCCCCCCCCCCCAUUUGUGGAUCGGAGUAUUCCUUAAAUCCUGACCUCUUGCCGGCUCUCGAACGGGCAUGCGCGGUUCUGCUGCCUGCCUGGGGAUGGUGAUGAGCUCUACAAGGCUCAGUAUUUCUGUAAUUGUAUUUUCUGUUUUUGGAAUGGUCUGUCACUUUAUUUUACUGGUUCCUCAGAAGCUGUCCGUUGUGACCGUUUCAUAACUUAUGGUUUUUAUAUGGUUACAUUCAUAAUGAAAUUAAAGUCAACUGUUGGAAAAUA